AUGGCGAUCGUCGCGGCAGAAACAGGAUGGCGACAAAAGAAGGAGGGACAGGAGAGGGAUUUUUUCAAAACUGUUCAGUGCUCAGUGCAGCGUGAAUUGAACGGUUGCACUGAAUACGAGUAUGACAACAAUGCUGUGUAUAAUGAUCGGUACAAUGCCGCUUGUAUAGUGGAUGGCGAGGUGCGGGAGAUUGUCCACCAGGCUGCGCCACGAGCGGGCGACGCGCGCACAUGCCGGCCUGACCACCCGAGCUCACAACUCCGCGUACUGUCGAAGUGUUCGCACACAUGCCCGCUGCUCCAGGAUUGUUCGUCUAUAAUGAACGAGGAAGAGCUGGACCAAUUUAACAUCCAUGUGGCUAGGUACCGUCCUGAAGAGCUCACCAAGCUCACGAAGACCACCAAGUUCACCCGGAAGGAGAUCCAACUCAUAUACAGAGGGUUUAAGCAGGAAUGCCCGACUGGAAUGGUUGAUGAAGAAUCAUUCAAACAUAUUUUUUCCCAGUUCUUCCCACAAGGAGAUGCAAGUCAGUACGCGCACUAUGUGUUCAACACGAUCAAACAUAACCAGACAGGCAAGAUCAGUUUUUGA